AUGUACUCAAAAUCACAAACGUCGUCUCCAAAGCCUAUCAAUCAGUCAUCAGCACUACCUUCUUCUGUAUCUGCACCCUCGCUCCUCAGUUUACAGAAACAAUGUUUUAAACCAUUUAAUAAGAGUGGUGGUGCUGCUGCUGGUGGUAGUGCUGCCUUGGCUGCUUCAGCUACAGGUACAAGAGACAAUAAGAAAAAACAACAACAAUAUAAUAAUAAUCCAAAGAAGGAUCAAAGAAAAGGAAAAUGGGUACCUUCUUCUUCUUCUUCAUCGUCAUCUGCAUCAACGGCCAACAUUAGCCUAAUGACAGAGUCAAUGUUUAACCAAAGCAGUGGCAGUAACCAUCUAGAAGAAUCAAACAACUAUUAUUGGAGCAAUCCAACAACAACAACUGUAACCAAUCGUUAUCAAAACAACUCAAACAACAAUUGUACUAGUAAUACCUACAACAACAACAAUAACAAUAUUGUCAUUUCAAAGUCUAAAAGGACUAGUAGAGAUGAAAUUAGUAAUAUCGACCUUAUUAGACAAAAGAUUGAAUCAGUUUCAUUAAGUAGUAGUAAUGGUGGUGUAAACACCAAUUCUAAUACUCCUAAUAACGGUCAAUCACAACAACCAUCACAACAACCGCAACCAUCGCAACAACCAUCGCAACAACAACAAUCACAACAACAAUCUCAAUCUACUUCAUCAUCAUCAUCACAAUCAAUUGAAGGAAUUAAUCCAUUGGCAAUUGAUGAGGAAACUAUUAAACAACAUCAAAGUUUUUUAAUUGUAACUUCAGAGUUGAUCAAAGGUAGAAUCGAAGAGGAUAGAGAGGAAAUGGAUAAAAUGACAAAGGAGGAAUUGGAAAAACUACCCGAGGAUGCUUUUGAUGACCCCAACGUUCCAGACAUUACUGUCCAACAAUACCUUCAUCGAAUUUUCAAGUACUCGAUGUUUGGCAAGGAGAUUUUUGUCAUUUCUCUCAUCUAUCUCGACCGAAUCAAGGAGUUAGAGCCAAUGUUUAUGAUAACCGACCGUAACAUUCAUCGUUUACUCAUGGCUAGUGUCCUCGUGGCCUCUAAAUUCCAUUACGAAAAGACACUCGGCAACAAGUAUUAUGCACAAGUGGGUGGCAUUUCCAUCGAAGAAAUGAACCUAUUAGAGUUAAAGUUCCUCUUCCUCGUCAAGUGGGACCUAUUCAUUACUGAAGGACAGUACAACCAAUACAAUGACAUGGUAGAAGAUCUUGUCGAUUUAUCAGAGGAUAAUAAUUGUACAAUUAAUCAACAAGAUAAUCAAAAAGAGAAUAAUCAAGAAGAUAUUGAUGAAUCAUUAAUUGUUUAUAAUGAUCAUCAAUAUCAACAACAACAACAGCAACAAACUCAACAAACUCAACUUUAUCAACAACAACAGCAACAAUAUCAAUACCAACAACAACAACAACAACAAAAUAGUUUUUCAAAUGUUUAUAAAGCAAAGCCUUUUCACAAUGUUUAUUAUCACACCUAUCCACAAGUUUAUCAACCAACCACUCAAUAUUAUAACCAAACUCAUUAUGUCAACAGUAAUAGUGGCUAUCCACAACAAAGACGCCAUUACCAACAACAACAACAAACCACCCCAACUUUCCAGAAUGUAGAUUAUAAUUAUACUAACAACAACAACCAUAACAAUAACAAUAAUAACAAUAAUAUGACUAGAAAUCGAAGCCAUCAACAAUAUGCUAGUCAUCAACCACCUCCAUAUAUCGCCAACAACAACAAUAAUAAUAAUUCAAACAAUAUGUAUCAACAACACCAACAAAAAUCGACUGAAGCAGCUGAUCAACAAUGGUAUGGUUACUAUUAUCAAGAUCAUAGUUCAUAUAUUUAA